AUGGUUCAUUACAAAAGGAUUAAGGGACCUUCUUCGAAAAGGAAGGCGGAACAAUUAUCAAAAGCUUGGUCAGAGAAAUUAAAUAUUUUAAGAGGACGAAAAGAAGAGACUAAAAAAUGGGCACUGAAAAAACCUACAAAGGAAGAUAUAAGUUUACGUAAAGUAAAAGAUCGAACAGUUUUUAAAAAAUGGGCAUCGAAAAAACCAACACAGGAGGAUAUAAAUAGAUUUAAACCCUCUUUGUGGUAA